GUCAGGGCUGGAACCCUAACAGCACCUACAAGGAGCUAUUCAUGAUGCCAGACUAUAGUUGGUUUGAAGGAAUACCUCUUCCUGAUAUGUGGGUUCAAAAAGAAAUUGUGGAAGAUGUCCGUAAUAAAUUUGUGGUAAAAGAUGAAGACUUGAUCAUAUUGACUUACCCCAAGUCAGGAACGAACUGGCUGAUUGAGAUUGUCUGCUUAAUUCAGACCAAGGGAGAUCCCAAGUGGAUCCAAUCUGUGCCUAAUUGGGAACGCUCACCCUGGAUAGAGACUAAAAGUGGAUAUACUGUAUUAACCAGUAAGGAAGGACCACGACUCAUAUCCUUCCAUCUUCCCAUCCAUCUCUUCGCCAAGUCUUUCUUCAGUUCCAAAGCCAAGGUGAUCUAUCUCAUCAGAAAUCCCAGAGAUGUUCUAGUGUCUGGUUAUUUUUUCUGGGGUAACACAAACCUUGUGAAGAAUCUAGAGUCACUAGGAAUUUAUUUUGAACGAUUCCUGAAAGGAAAUGUCAGAUAUGGAUCAUGGUUUGAACACAUCCAUGGCUGGCUGUCCAUGAGAGAAAGAGACAACUUCUUGGUGCUGUACUAUGAAGACAUGAAAAAGGUGAGCAUUUGUCUUACAGUCACCACUCAGUUAGGAACUAGAGCCUAGUAAUGAGGAAGAUUA